CAACAUGAUCCUCUAAUAGUAACUUCUCAAAAAGCUUCAGACCAUAAUGAUUCGAGUUCUCUAAAAGAAUCAGCGACAGAAAGUGGCAAAGUGCCACCAUCGGUUGUUCAAACAUCGGGUGAUCCCGUUUUGGAUAAAUUAAAGAUUAGAUUUCGUUCAAGAAAUGACUCGGUUUUACAAAAAUUGAAAAUUGA